AAUGGUAAAACUAUAUAAUCUCUAUAAACAACAUAGAUUCAAGAGCCAUAAAUUAAUCCUCAACUCGGUCCAAUUAUUGCUAAGCAAUUACAAAUGAUGAUCAAAUAACCUAUUGAUGGUAUUUUGAUAUCUUAUUCAUUUAAUAGGUGUCCAUGUUAUUUUUAAUGAAUAAGAUGUUUAUGAUAUUCAAGCUGAUAUUGAUGGUCCUGGUAAAUUUUUAUCUUAUUAUUUAGUCGACACUCCAUUCUAAGGUGGUGUUUUUAGAUGUAAAUUGAUCUUGCCUCCACAAUUCCCUUAGAUGGCCCCUAAAGGUAGAUUAGCUAAAUAUUUUAGGACUAUUUAACACUAAAAUCUUUCAUCCAAAUGUAUCAGAGAAGGGAGAAAUUUGUGUCAAUACAUUAAAGAAGGAUUGGAAUCCUAUCUAAUGGUCAUUAAAACAUAUAUUUGAAGUUAUUAAAUGUUUGUUAAUUGUUCCCUUUCCAGAAAGUUCUUUAAAUGAAGAAGCUGGAAAAUUAUUUAUGGAAAACUAUGAUGAAUAUUUUAAAAGAGCCAAAUUAUUAACUUCUAUAUAUGCAUUGAAACAAGAAGCAAAUGUAUUAAAAGGAAAUAAUUAAGUAAAUAAUAUAAUAUUAAUUUUAGAUUGUAUUUGAUGAAGCAGAUAAAAAAAAUAAAGUAAAUUAAAUAUAACAAAAAAAAGAAAAUGAUUAAAAGAAAUGGUUAAAAAGAAUAUGA